GACAUUUGAAAAAAUCACCUGGCAUCCCUGUAAUCAUUACAAAUCAGGAAUACCAGUACGGAAAAAAAUCUUCGUGUCUGGCAUCUGUGUUCCAGACCGAUUAACAACUAUUCAUCGAAUGAAUGCUGAUGACUGUUUACUGGAUGAACAUAAUUAAUGUACCGUAAAUGUACGGCAGAUAAUAACAAUUCUAUGUAAAAAAAUAUCGUUUCUGUCGACGUCUCUAACUACCAUGUCUAAUCCGCGCGUAAUUUUACUAAUUUCUGGCAAGCGAAAAUGUGGAAAGGAUUUCCUGACAGAGAAACUGCUCCAAAGAUUGGCCACCGAUCGGGCACAGAUAGUUCGAAUUUCCGAACCCAUCAAACGAAGCUGGGCGGCGAAAUUGGGGCUCGAUUUGAAGCAACUGCUUGGCGAUGGUCCGUACAAGGAGCGCUAUCGCAAGGAUAUGAUCGAGUGGAGCGACCGGAAACGGGCGGAAGACUAUGGGUUCUUCUGUCGCCAGGCUUGCGCUGGCCUGGACAAGGAGAUCUGUAUUGUUAGUGAUAUUAGAAGGAAGACUGAUAUCCGAUACUUCCGGGAAAGUUUUGAGGGACGGACCAAGGCGAUUAGGAUCGUAGCCAGCGAUGAAACGAGACGAGCAAGAGGAUGGCACUUUCAGGAGGGCGUAGACGAUGUUCAGUCAGAAUGUGAUCUGGAUAAUGUGACCGAUUGGGACCUGUUAAUUAAUAAUGAAAAUGACGCUGAUGUGGACAGCAUUCUAGAACAAAUAAUGGCUUUAAUUCGAUAGAAUUUAUCAUAUUUUGAGGUAAUGGAUGAGAAUAUUUCUAAGGAAAAUUUAUACCACAUAUAUUCAAAAUGUAUUUAUUUUUGUUGUUAUGUUAUAAAUAAAAAGUAAUCUCCC